UAUUAUAUGUUUGUCUGGCAACGCCUGCAGAUGAAACAACUCUAAUUAUUUGUGAGGCUUCAUUAGACAAAUUGGAUGUUCUUGGAUGGCUGAGACGCCUGAUGUUACGCCACGGCCGAGGCGUCGUUUGGGAUUAAGAUUGCACAAAAGAGCUGACACAACGCCGGGCAUACGUUUACAAAAAACUCAGAGGACAGCAACGCUGCUAUCAGAAGACGAGAAGAAUGAAAAUUCUGCUGAUGCUGUCGAAACUCCACGCGCAUUGCCUGGUAAAUUAAAGGCGAACUCGACAAUUUGCCGACGUCCUGGCUUGCCACGCAAGCGCAAGGAUCUGACUAAGAAAAGGUUGCAAUUUGCCACUGCUGACACGAGCGAGCUCGCGCCUAAGAAGGCCGACCCGAAGCCGUCGGAGGCAACUGCAAACGCACAUCUUAACAAUUGGAGACAACGUCAAAUACUUGAGCUCGAGGCAGACAUAGAGACUUGGAAAAAUGGUUUUGUUGCGGCUAUGGAUGAUUUGCAGGCGUUGGUUGUGCCACGAGUAGCUAAGAAAACGCUGCUCACACAACUGGGUAUACCACUAGAAAUGCUCAAGUACUUGGAUCAAGACUGAUGUACGUACAAUACACAAUUCAAUUCUUACUGCUAA